AUGAAUAAUUAUACAAAAAUUAUUCCAAAUCGAUAAUCCCCCAACAAACUACUUACACAAAUUCAAACUCUCGAGUCCUAAUAAAUUAGACUCAUAAUCUUAAAGGAAUUUUUACAAGGAAGACUAUGCCUGGAUAUUUAGAAUUAUGUCUUAGUCCAAACACCAGAUUAAUUAUAUUCAGAAAUAGUUUUAUUAUGGUUUCUCAAAAAGGAAAUCCCAAUAGAGAGUGCUCAAAUAUUUUUAAGCAAAAGUGAUCCUAAAUACUUUCCAUUUCAACUCAUGUAAUAUUUUAUUAAUCCAUAAAUCAAAUUACCUCUUCUUAGAUUAAUAUUUAAUAUACAGAACAUUCAAUUCCUUAAUUCAUCAUUAGAUAUAGUAUUGAUGAAUUUCUAAACUAAAAAGGAAGUCACUUCUCUUCUACUUAGUUUUGAUGAAUAAAUUCAAUAGCCUGAAAUAGAUUUGAUUUUAUACAAUUAUCCCAAGUUAAGCCUGUUGGUCUCUUAUCAUUUAAGAAUCAAUCCAAAAUUCGAGGAGUUAAGUAGUUUUGACACGAACUUAAUAGCUACUACAAUAAAAAGGUCGUAAACAAUUAACAAAGGCAUCGAAACUCUACUUAACUAUUUAUUAUAAUGUGAUGAUAAGAAAAGCAUAGUUGACAUCUUAAUUUAAUUGAACUUUUAGAAUGACACCGUUUUAAAUUUAGGAAUCUUAAAGUCUCCCGAAGAGGUUUAAUUCAAAGAAGAAUACAUAUUUUUUGAGAAAUGGACCUAAACUAAAAGUUUUAAUGAGAAAAUAUGGGGCAGAUUCACAUCUUUAGUAAAUCAAAAGAUGAUCAAGCUUGAUGAUCAAGAGUUUACUGUCAACAAUCUUAAUUUUGCAUAGCCUCUUCUCAUAAAAGCAUUAUUUUCAUUGGUUAAAAGACACACAAGCAAUUUUAUUAUAGAGAAUGCUAUUAAUAAGGAAAUCAAGAUGAAAUAAUCCCUGUUUUUAGAUUACCCUGAUUUCUUUAAAAUAUUUUUUAUUGACUAUACUUCAUUGUUAGAUCCAAAUUAUAAUAUGUUAAUCUUGGAAUCCUUGAAUGUCAUCCUUACUCACAUUGAAAGAACUGCAAAAUAACCAAUAGUAUAGCAUUUGAAAUUGUUACUUUGUUAAUUUUUAGUUCAAUGUAUAUCAAAGAUGGCGGAUCCAUAGAAGAUUGAGAUCAGCAUUUAUUAAUUUAUCCAACAAUUGCUUGCUAAGGAAAAGAAUUUGAACUUUUAAUUUGCAGCUUCACUCAAGUUAGAAUAAAUUGAAAAAGCUGUAAAGCAUAUCGAUUGUCUAUUUUUGUUGUUAUCUGAUUUGGAUUUACUGUAGUAGAAAUUACGAGAUAAGGAGCGUUUUUACUUAUUUUGUAAAUGUCUUUAACUAAAGCAUAAAAGUGAACUUUUGGAUAAACCGUUAGAGAACUAUUAAAAUGAAAAGCAAUUGAAACAUAAAUAUAAUACUAAUUUAAUAAUGAAAAAGAAGGAGGAGAGAGUGAUUGCCCAGUUAUUUUGA